ACCCAAUAACAAUCCCACAAACAAAUUAACAAAUCAUAAUAUAUACCUCAUCAUUUUCCUCUCAUUUUCAAAAAAGUAUGCAUUACCAAACCGAAUCAUGGGGUACCUACUUGCCACACACGACCACCAUUACCGACCCGUUACACCGUAUCGAACGCCUCGCUUCCGAGAACGCAGUGGUCAUAUUCAGCCUCAGCGGCUGUUGCAUGUGCCAUGCCAUAAAACGUCUGUUUUGUGGCAUGGGCGUCAACCCAACCGUUUAUGAGCUUGACCAACAACCCUUAGGGAAAGAAAUGGAGAAAGCACUAAUGAGGGUUCUUGGGACCACCUCACCGGUGCCCGUGGUGUUUGUUGGUGGCAAGCUUGUUGGAGCAAUGGAUAGAGUUAUGGCUUCUCAUAUUAAUGGUACACUUGUGCCUCUACUUAAAGAGGCAGGUGCACUGUGGCUUUAAUUAAGUACUAGUAAUUAAUUAACAACUAAUCCAAUUAACUUUCUUUCUUUGUUUUGGUAAUUAGAAAGAAAAGAUAAUAUGGGUCAUGGGUGUUACUUUUGGUUUUAGUUAGUACAUGGUUAUUUUUAGAAUGAAACUUAUGAUAUGAAAAAGAAAAUGUAACAUUAUGAAAGUAAAAAGAGUAGAGGAGGAUUUUGAUGGGUAGAUUUAGCUUAGCUUGGUGUUUUUUUAGUAAUCCGAGAUAUGUAAUUCACUCCGAUCCCUCCUAACAAAACUACUUACAAGUAAUCCAACUCUUGUUACUGAUCAUUAAUUAAGUCAUUAUUCGAUCUGUAUGUUUUAGGUAGUUAAAUUUUCUUAAUAUGUACGAGUAAUUGUUUCUUCUUUUAUGAUGCAAUAUAUUUUCUUUUUAUUUAUUUA